CAGCUAAUCAUGAAAUUUAGUUCAUAUAUCGCACACCUGUGGCACAUGUAAGAUUUAUGGUGCGUUCGGUAUGAUAUUAGUUUUAAUAGAUUGGAUAUUAGUGAGCUAUAUAAGUGCAGGUGUUGUGCCAAAUAUGAUUUUUAUAAAAUGUUACUUGAAUUGGUGCUUUCAAGUGCGUUCGUUUGUGUGAUUCGAGGUGACAGUUUUCCUUCACUCCUCACCACGAAUGCUACUUUAGCCGUUAUCAUUGACCGCGAAUUCUUAUCAAACGAAUACGAGGUUAUAAAACACGCAAUCGAAUCCUACUUGGUGUUUGCAAAACGAGAAAUUUUGAAACACGGAGGGGUGAACGUCCAGUAUUAUUCGUGGACGACUAUUAACAUCAAAAAAGAUGUUACUGCCAUUUUUAGUAUUGCUUCAUGUCCUGAUACUUGGCGAUUAUUUCGACAGGCUAGAGACGCGAAUUUACUACAUAUGGCAAUCUCUGAGUCAGACUGUCCGAGAUUACCGCCCGAUGAGGCAAUUACAGUACCACUGAUAACCCGAGGUGAAGAACUGCCUCAACUGUUACUCGACCUGCGAACUAGACAGACCUACAACUGGAACUCAGCUUUCAUUCUCUACGACGACACCCUAAGCAGAGACCAAGUGACUCGAGUUGUAAAGUCCAUAACGGCCCAGUACUCAAAUUUGCGCGUAAAUGCCGCUGCUAUUUCAUUUGUAAAACUCGAAACGCGCCUCCCUAUGGACGAAAUCCGACGCCAAGUCAAAGAAAUCCUCUCUUCGGUGUCAAUCAAAACAGUCGGAGGCAACUUUCUCGCGAUUAUUGGCUACGAACUCGUCGAACUUUUGAUGGAAUACGCGAAAAUGUUCGGACUUGUCAACACCCGAACCCAGUGGCUUUACAUAAUCUCGAACACACAUUUCAGGCACAAGGAUAUUAACCGUUUCAGGCAGUUGCUGUCAGAAGGCGACAAUAUCGCCUUUUUGUACAACAACACCGUAAAUAACGACACUUGCACUGGGGGCAUUCAGUGCCACUGCGAGGAAAUCCUCUCAGGUUUCACUCGCGCCUUAGACGAGGCUAUUCUCUUCGAAUGGGAGACUUCGAGUCAGGUCUCGGACGAGGAAUGGGAAGCGAUCAGACCGUCGAAACUUGACCGAAGAAACUCGCUUUUGCAAGGAAUUAAAACCUUUUUACUGCAACGUGGCCAGUGUGACAACUGCACCUCCUGGCUGAUGAAAACGGGGGACACCUGGGGGCGCGAGUACCAGCAAAACGGCACCGACUCUGGGGGGCUCAUCUCGGUCGGGAACUGGAGGCCCAGUGACGGGCCCUCCAUGUCCGACGAGUUGUUCCCACACAUAGUCCACGGUUUCAGAAAACGCAAUCUCCCCAUAGUCACAUUUCACAACCCCCCCUGGCAGAUAAUCAGAUCGAACGAGUCGGGCGCGGUGUCGGAAUACGCGGGCGUCAUUUUUGAGCUCAUUAAGGAACUAUCAAAGAACUUAAAUUUCACGUAUACAGUCGAGUUGGCCAAAAUCGGGCAGGAGUUUUCGGCCAAUUUGACGAAAAAUGAGGCACAAGUCGUUACAAAUUUCAUCCCUGACUCGAUUCUGGACAUGAUACGCAACAAAUCGGUCGCUUUCGGCGCCUGUGCUUUCACCGUAACGGAGGAAAGCAAGCGUUUGAUCAACUUUACCAGCCCCAUAAGCACCCAGACUUACACUUUUCUGGUGUCACGGCCGCGCGAGUUGAGCCGGGCUUUGCUGUUCAUGUCCCCGUUCACCGGCGAUACCUGGCUUUGCCUUUCGGCUUCGAUCGUUUCAAUGGGCCCGAUUUUGUAUUACAUUCAUAAAUACAGUCCUGUUUACGAGUACAAGGGUCUGAGUAAGCGGGGCCUGUCGUCGGUUCAGAACUGUAUCUGGUACAUGUAUGGGGCCCUUUUGCAGCAAGGUGGCAUGCAUCUUCCUCAAGCCGAUAGCGCGAGGAUUAUUGUGGGGGCUUGGUGGCUGGUUGUCUUGGUUUUGGCCACGACUUAUUGCGGUAAUCUGGUCGCGUUUUUGACUUUUCCCAAAAUUGAUAUUCCGAUUACGACGAUUGAUGAGCUGCUGGCUCACAGCGGGACUGUUACUUGGAGUAUGCCGAAAGGGAGCUAUCUAGAGCGGACUUUGAAAUACACGACUGAGCCGAGAUUUCGCUAUUUGUUUGAUAAAAAAGUCGAAGUUGGGAAUUUCAAAAACAUGAUUGAGGAUAUAGAGAACGGGAAACACGUCCAUAUUGAUUGGAAAAUCAAAUUGCAAUAUAUUAUGAAGCAGCAGUACUUGGAUUCGGAUCGAUGCGACUUGGCUUUAGGUCUUGACGAAUUCUUGAAUGAACAGUUAGCAAUGGUGGUGUCUCAAGACACCCCAUACUUGGAAAUAAUCAAUGAUGAGAUCAAAAAAUUGCACCAAGUGGGGUUGAUCCAAAAGUGGCUCACGGAUUAUCUCCCCAAGAAAGACCGCUGUUGGAAGAACAAUCGGCACAUAGUCGAAGUGAACAACCACACGGUCAACAUGGACGACAUGCAAGGAAGUUUUUUUGUCCUGUUUUUAGGUUUUCUCCUGUCGUUUUUUAUCACAAUCGGGGAGAAGCUGUGGCACAAAUACGUGACCAAGAAAAAAAUGAAAAUAAUCCAGCCAUUCACCACAUAAUUUUAUUCAACAAGAAAAUCCAUUAAAUAUGUAUCUAAUCUAAAUAUGUGAAUAAAUUGAUUACAUAAACGUUAGUAGUUCUUAGCAAUGAUGUAAGCUUGCGAAAUGAUCCUUGUUUUUGAAGACCGAUCCCCAGGCGCCGUACUGAUUAUCCUUCUUGUCGGUCUUAUGCCCGUUGUCCUUUUUCGAAAAGCUUUCGAAUGAUGAUUUUCUGUAAAAACUUUCUCGUAAAACCUGUUUAAAUUUAUGCAAAAAACUCGUUUCUGCUCUUACUUGGAUGACUGGCCCCAAGAGGCCUCAGCUACUUUGCUGGAGAUGGGAUCGCAAACAGCGCUUUGAACCAUGAUGACGAUGAUUUGGGUUUUUAAAGCACAAAAAAGCUACGGAACGUGGUGUAUAAGGGUAAGAACUUGGAGUUCAA